UGGAUUUGAGUGGAGCAUAAAAGUGCGUGAAGCGUCGGUGAAAUUCUGCCUCCUCUGCUCUCUGAGACUGGAUCGGACCUGACCAACACCGGGGAUCGGAACCAGCACCGGUGGCGCAGCCAGCCGCACAGCUUGAAGGCUGGUUCCGUUUUGGAAGAGUUUAACCAUUGCUGGCAUAAAGGACAAUCCCAGAGCGUCCUCCACUGCCUCCACCUUACAGUGGCCUGCAUUGCGUGGGAUGCUGAAGCGCAGAUUUGAUGCCACUUGGCAACAUUAGCAGGUGUGUAAGUCAUGGGGGAAUCAAUCUUCACCUGCUGUUAUGUCCCACCUCAUCCCCCAGGCGAGGAGGAACCUCACAGGUCCAGGCGCUCAGAGAUUAUGGCCUCCCAUUCAGCCCACAUCUCCUCAGACAAGCGCUUCAUCAUCUUCUUUGACUUCGACGAGACGAUCGUGGAUGAAACCAGCGAUGACAUGGUGGUGCAGGCCGCCCCGGGUCAACACCUCCCCGGCUGGCUGAAGGACACCUACCGCCCCGGUCGUUACAAUGAGUACAUGCAGCGCGUGCUGGCAUACCUGGCAGAACAGGGCGUGACAGAGAGCGACCUACGCGGCAUCAUGGAGAAGAUACCUGCAUCCCCCGGCAUGCUCACCCUCUUCCAGUUCCUUCGCACCCGACCCGCGCAGGACUUUGAGGUGGUGCUGGUGUCCGACGCCAACACAUUCUUCAUUGAGUCCUGGCUUCGGCGCGCGGGGGCCCGCCAGCUCUUCCACCGGAUCUUCACCAACCCGGCAACCUUCAACAAGGACGGACGGCUGGUGCUGCGGCCUUUACACUCCCACGACUGCCCACGGUGUCCCGACAACAUGUGCAAGCAGGUGAUCGUCAGGGACUACGUGACGCGCAGGACGCAGGAGCGGGGCCGUCCGUACCAAAGGAUCUUCUACGUGGGGGAUGGAGCCAACGACUUCUGCCCUGCCCUCUCUCUCGGGCCCCGAGACGUGGCCUUCCCACGAAGGGACUUCCCUAUGCACCGGCUCAUUACGGAGACCCACGAAGCCAUGCCUGGGGAGUUCAAAGCAGUCACGGUGCCCUGGGCCACCGGGGAGGAUGUAGUGCAGCGGCUGAGGAAGUUGGUGGCAGAAUAGGGGGUCACAGAGGGGAGCACGAGGGCGUUAUAGCAGACAGUUGACACUUUAAGAUAUUUUCUCAGGUAAAAUAGUCCCUGAAACUAUUGUUUAACCCUUUAUCGGGCAUUCAUUGAAAUAUCUGAAAUUUAAAUUUUCAAUCUUAAAUGAGUGUUAAUGUAAUAUUGGAAGAUAUUACAAUACUUUAAAACUUGUAUACAAAGUUAUGCAGCAGUAAGUGGUCUGUACUACUAACAGUUCUCUCCAUUCUUUAUGCUGAAGACCGAUCUCAGUGAAGUUUCUGGGAUGUAGCCUGAUCGUUGGUGAUUGGUGUGGAGAACUCAUUGCGGUUCUGAUGCCAUGUCCAAUGAAGUACACAAACAUUUGCCUAAUAAAGGGUUAAGGCAAUAAGAACUGUCUGUAUACUUAAAGCUAAUUGCGUCAAACCUGCACGUGCCUCAGGCCACCAUCUUCCCAUAGUUUGGUGCGGAAGUUACUCCACAAACAAGAUGAAGCUAAUCAUGGGCCCCUGAACCGUGACCCAAAGUGAAAAUCUGGGUCAGUUCAAAUAUAAAUUUAAUGUAAUAUUAGAUUUUUAAAGGUAAAACAGAUCGUUUUAUGAUAAUCAGAUUCUAUCGUAAAAUAUUAGCCUAUACUGUUACAAGGUCAGCGAGUUUUCUCUAUGAUUAACUCUUGCAGUUGAGCCCAUUACUUUUCCAAGAGGUUAGCGGUCAGUUUGAUUGCUCAUGAAAAACAAGUUUGAGUGUUUUCUUGUAAACAGCACUUUUUUUUUUUUUUUUUUUUUUUUUGUAAAAUGUUAAAUUGGUCUCAAUAAAUUAAAUCAGUUACACUGCCAUCUAAAUGCAAUGGGCAUUGAAACAGACCACACUACACUUUUUUGUAGUCUUAUGGCUCUAAGUCUGUCUCGUUCAGGAAUAUAUAUUUUAUGUAUCAAGUAGUCUGUCUCUUGGUGUAGGCCUAUUGUUUUUGUUUGUUGUUUUUUGGAUGUUGUUGUUUUUUUUGUUUGUUUGCUGAGCCUUUUCUGUGUAGGCUUGGCCUACUGAAAAAUAACACCAGCAGGAAUAAAGCCAUAAACUGAAA